AUGAAAAAGAGAGUAAAAAAAAAAAAAGUUGUUAGUUCUUUCAGUCCGAAGCAUCUUAUAUUUACUAUAAACAAGGACCAAGAAAUGCCCCAAAAAAAAAAAAGUACUGUUGAUGGGCCCUACAAGAAGUAUGGUUUGCUGAAUGGUCAUCUGAAACUUUUCCACCAACAUGCAAGGACAUGUGUUAGCAGAUUUCAUUUGAAAUGUACAAAACUUUCUGAGUUUCAGAUGAAUAUUUUUUCAGAAAGUUUCGGACAAAAGUUACUCCUUCAGAAUAUCCUUUUGUUGUGUUUUGCAUAG